UAAAGAAAACGUGGGCGGUCCUUGUAUCUAGGAAGUAUCUAGGCGUCACACCGGUGAUAGCGCGGCUGUUAGCUUCACGCACCAAAUUAUAGUUUUUAUCGUCUGUAAUCUGCAGUAAAUAUUGAAAAUGGGAGAUGAUGAGGAGCAAUACGAUGGGAUGUUGCUGGCCAUGGCGCAGCAGCAUGAAGGAGGAGUGCAGGAGCUGGUGAACACAUUAUUCAGUUUUCUAAGAAGGAAAACAGAUUUCUUCACGGGAGGAGAGCCUGGAGCCCCAGAGAAGCUGGUUAAAGAGGUGUUUGCUCGUCACAAUCAGCUCGCCCUCAAAGUCCAGAAAGAGAAAGAGUCCAGACAAGAGAAGGAGAAGAAGGAGAAGGCUGACAGAGCUGCUAAACUGAAGGAAGAGGAGAAGAAGAGGAAGCAGGACACAGAGGAGCCCCGAAUCAAAGAACUCACAGAUGAGGAGGCCGAGAGACUCCAGGCACAAUUAAAUCAAACAAAAGAAGCCAAGAAAAAUGCAGGAGUACCUGAGAAAACAGAUGGCGUUACAUCAGAAAAAGACAAAAAAGGGUCGGACUCAGAAGGAGAGGAAGAUGAAAAGGACAAAGACAAGAUAAAGCCCAAUGCUGGAAACGGAGCAGACCUCUCAAACUACCGCUGGACUCAGACGCUGUGUGAAGUGGACCUGGUCGUGCCGUUCGAUGUGAGCUUCCGUCUGAAGGGGAAGGAUGUGGUGGUGGAUGUACAGCGGCGUUCCCUGAAGGUGGGGCUGAAGGGUCAACCGCCUGUGAUCGACGGACAGCUGUGCAACGAGGUGAAGGUGGAGGAGAGCUCCUGGCUCAUAGAGGAUGGGAAAGUGGUCACCGUCCAUUUUGAGAAGAUAAACAAAAUGGAAUGGUGGAGCAGGUUAGUGACCACAGACCCCGAAAUCAACACCAAGAAGAUCUGCCCAGAGAACUCCAAGCUGUCGGAUCUGGACGGGGAGACGCGCGGUAUGGUGGAGAAGAUGAUGUUUGAUCAGAGGCAGAAGUCCAUGGGGCUGCCCACCUCUGAAGAGCAGAAGAAGCAGGACAUCCUGAAGAAGUUCAUGGCUCAGCAUCCAGAGAUGGACUUCUCCAAAGCCAAGUUCAGCUGAGAGCCGCGUGAAUCUCUGAAUGAUCAUCACCGUAACGUGUGAUCCGAGUCUCAUCUUACCUCAGUUAGAGGAGUUUGUUUUCGGUUUGUCUAACAAUUUCACCGUUGUCAUGAUGGAAGUGUUAUAAUAUACCAUGUCUUGGUGGGUUUUUUUUUUUUAAUAAAUCAUUUCAAACCCUA